AUAUAUAUAUAUAUAUAUAUAUACGCCUUUGUUUGGCUUCAAAGCACGCUCCACCUCCGCAAAACUCACUCAAAUAGCAUUUUGAGUUAUCAUACGAGGAAAUUAGUUAAGCCAAAUUAAGGAGAGACAAUGAACAUUGAAAUGGAAACUCAUGGUGAUUCAAUAGUAGAAACCCCAACAAAUGAGGAACCAAAGGAAAGUGGUAGAAAGGAAUUACAACGAGCAGGAAUUACAAAGAAGGAUGAAUGGCUGGAACAAAUGAGAGGGAACUUAAGUUUAAUGGCAACAGUUAUCGCAACAAUAACAUUUCAAAUGGCUUUAAAUCCACCUGGUGGUGUUAGGUCAGUUAAAGAUGAUGGAGCUGACAACGCAAAUGAUAUAGCAUGUUCAGAUUCUUCUAACGUUACUUUGGACCUAUGUCCGGGUGAAGCUGUCUUAGCCGUAGUAUAUAAAGACGAAUAUUUUCUGUUCCUUGUUUCAAAUACAAUUUGUUUUGUUGCAUCACUAAGUAUUUGUCUCUUGCUUGUGAGUGGAAUUCCGUUGCAUCAUAGGUUACCUAUGUGGCUUUUAUCAAUAGGGAUGUGUGUAACUCUCUCAAUGCUUGCUGUUUCUUAUAUAACAGCUUUGCAAAUGACCACACCAGGUACUAUGUAUAAUACAGCUAAUAAGUUUCUUGAAAAGUUGAUUUAUGGUUGGGUGGGAUUGUUAGCGAUUAUUGCGUUGUGGCAUACACUAAGGUUGAUUAUUUGGAUAGUGAAACUUAUCUGCAAAAAAAUUAAGGGGAAAUCCAUUCGCAGUUAUUCAAGCAUCGUCCGCCAACGUGUGGAUUGAAAAUGUGAGGUAUAUAUUUUGCAACAAUGUCAUUGGAGUACUCCAACCUGUCGUCUUCACCAAGAAACGGACUUCGAUCUAAAAAAAUACUUAAAUUAAUAUUUUAUGUUGUAAUUAAAUUAUUCAUAAGAAUAUGUUGAUUCAAAUCAUGCAUAUUAGAUAUUUAGAAUCACUAAGUGUGUGUUUGGUUUAGUGGUGGUUAGAAUUGAUUUUGGUAGAAUUGAGUUUGACAGAAUUGAUUUUGGUUAAAAGUGAGUUGAGUAGAAUUGAUUUAUGUUUGGAUAAUUUUAUGUAAAAGUGAUUCUUAUCAAUUUAUGUUGUUUGGAUAGUUUGAAUCAAAAUUACUUUUAGAUAUGUAAUGACCAAAAUGGGUUUUAGUUGU